GUCUGGGAGCUUCCCUGAGGACCCAGGGGCGCGGUGGGCUGCGUGAUCCGCCCCUUGCGCGAGGCUCCGACUCGGCCCUCCGCGGCGGGUGGAUGCUUCGGGCCGUCAGAGCUGCGCGCUGCCAUGGAGUCCUCCUGGCUGGAGACACGCUGGACGCGGUCCUUCUACCUGGCCUUCGUGUUCUGCCUGGCCCUGGGGCUGCUGCAGGCCAUCAAGCUCUACCUACGGAGGCAGCGAUUGCUGCGCGAUCUGCGGCCCUUCCCCGCGCCCCCCACCCACUGGUUCUACGGCCACCAGAAGUUACUUCAAGAGGGUAAAAUGGAGAAACUGGAGGAGUUUGUUGAAACAUACCCUUGUGCCUUUCCUUGCUGGGUUGGACCUUUUCAAGCAUUUUUCUAUAUCUAUGACCCAGACUAUGCAAAGACAUUUCUGAGCAGAACAGAUCCCAAGUCCAAGUCCCUCUACAAGUUCUUGAUGCCAUGUCUAGGGAAAGGACUGGUGAGUCUCAAUGGACCUAAGUGGUUCCAGCACCGUUGUCUACUAACUCCUGCAUUUGAUUUGAACAUCUUGAAGUCUUAUAUGGAAGUGAUGGUCCAUUCUGUGAACACAAUGUUGGAUAAGUGGGAGAAACUGUGUAGCACUCAGGACACAACUGUGGAAGUCUUUGAGCACAUCAGCCUGAUGACCCUGGACAUGCUCAUGAAAUGUGCUUUCAGUCAGGAGACCAACUGCCAGAUAAAUAGCACCCAGGAUCCUUAUGUAAAAGCCACAUUUGAAGCCAGCAAAAUCAUCUUUUACCCUUUGUACAGUUUCUUACCUCACCCUGACAUAAUUUUCAAAUUCAGCCCAGAGGGUCACUGCUUACAGGAGAUAAGCACCGUGCUGCAUCAGUAUACAGAAAAGGUAUUCCAGGAUAGAAAGAAAUCCCUUAAGGAUGAGAAGAAUCAGGAUAACACUCAGAAGAGGAAAUGCCAGGAUUUCUUAGAUAUUCUCCUUUCCAUUCAGGCUGAGAACGUCGAGUGCUGUCCAGAUGCUGACCUGCUGUCUGAAGUGAACACAUUCCUGCUGUCAGGGCAUGACACCACAGCAGGGGGCAUCUCUUUGCUCCUCUACCACCUGGCUCUGAAUCCUGAGCAUCAGGAGAGAUGCCGAGAAGAAAUCAGGAUCAUCCUGGGGAAUGGGUCUUCCAUCACCUGGGACCAGUUGAGUGAGCUGUCGUACACCACAAUGUGUAUCCAGGAGAGUCUCCGACUGGCCCCUCCAGUCCCGUCUGUUUCCAGAGAACUCAGCAAGCCCAUUACCUUCCCUGAUGGACGCUCCUUGCCUGCAGGAAUAACUGUGGUUCUCAGUAUUUGGGGUCUUCACCACAAUCCUGCCAUCUGGGAUGAUCCAAAGGUCUUUAACCCCUUGAGGUUCUCUCCAGAGAAUUCUGAUCAGAGACAUUCCCACUCCUUCUUACCUUUCUCAGGGGGACCUAGGAGCUGCAUCGGGCAGCACCUUGCCAUGAUGACAUUGAAGGUGGCUGUUGCCUUGAUUCUGCUCCGCUUCAGAUUGACUCCAGACCUCACCAGACCGCUUGUCGUUUUGCCCCAGAUCAUCCUCAAGCCUCAAAAUGGGGUCCACUUGCAUCUGCAGAAGCUUCCCAACUGUUAGAGGCCAGGAUACUCUAAUGAUUGAAUCUUUUUGUUGUUGCUUCAAAGUGAAAUUACGUCUAAUGAGAAGAAUCAAGGUACGGUGGGAUGAGCAGAUGGGUGGAUUCUCAAUGGAGCAAACGCUAUCCCAGAUAAGAUCCAAGCUCACCUAAAUCUGUUCUGGAAAAGGUUAAGAGAGAUUCCAGAUCUCUGAAAAGUUCUGUCUGAGAAGAUCCUGGUUGCUAUUACUCCUACCAAGAAGUUUUUGUAGGCCAUAUAUUUUCUUUUAGGACACAUAUAUAUAUACAUCUAUAUAUGUGUGUAUAGUGUGUAUAUGCAUAUAUUACCAUAUAUAUUAAGCCUUGGACAUGCAAGACAUAUGCUAUACCUCUAAGUUACAUUCCUGACCUUUUUUCUAUGGUAGUUUUCAUUUUAUAUAAGUAACAGGUAAAAUAUGCUUACUAUCAAAGAAUACAAAAAAAAUGCAUGUAGAGGGCCAACAUGUUGGAGCACAAGCUGUACAUGCAGGUCUGGGUUCAAUACGGCACCACACGGCUUCUUUAGCACUGAGAGCAACACUGGAGCACAAAGCAGGGAGUACUUUGGGCCAGAGAGAUAAUACAGUGGGUAAGGCACUUGCCUCCCAUGUGGCUGAAUCAGGUUCAAUCCUCAGCAUCCCAUAUGGUCCCCCCAGCACCCUUGAGUAUAUAGCCAUGAGUAACCCCUGAGCAUCACUGGGUGUAGCCCCAAAAUAACAACAAAAAACAGCAAGUAGAUCCCGAGCACUUCAGGGUGUGACCCAGAACAGGAAGAUAAAUAUACAGAGCCAGAGAGAUAGUCCAGUGAAUAGGGCACUUGCCUUACAUGUGGUUCACCUGGUUCAAUCCCCAGCACUACAUAUGUUCUUCUAAACAUCACCAGGAGUGAUCCCUGAGCACAGAACCAAGCGUAAACUCUGAGCAACUGCCUAAUGUGGCCAAAAACUCCCCCAAUUUUUUUAUAAACUAAUUAAAAUUUAAAGUAUAUGAAAUAAAAAAGUAAAAGUCUCACUUCACAUAACCCAUAGCUUCCUCCCCUGAUUGAUCUAGCUGUUUUUCCUAAAAACGGAAGUUUGGUGUGUAUUCUUUCAGACUUUCUCAAAUGUACAUAUUCUUAUAGGUAUGUAUUCUUAUAGACAUGUCACUUCAUAUUGUUCUUGCCUCAUCACUUAAUAAAGAUACAUCUCAUUACUAACCAUGGCUUUACCAUUCUCUAAUAUGUUAUGUAAUAUAAUUUAUUUAUUACUUUUCUAGUAUUUGUCAUCUAAGUUGUUCUAUACAAAGUACUUACUUUAUUUUUGUUUUGUCAUCUGUGAUCUGUAUAUCAUAUUUUUGCUUUUUUGGGUCACACCCAGCAAUGCACAGGGGUCACUCCUGGCUCUGCACUCAGGAAUCACCCCUGGUGAUGCUCAGGGGACCAUAUGGGAUGCUGGGAAUCGAACCCAUGUCGGCCGCUUGCAAGGCAAACACCCUAACCACUGUGCUAUCGCUCCAGCCCCUGUAUAUCAUUUUUUCCCUAUGGAGUUCAUUGUCUAUUUUGUUGCAGGGGGUGUGGGGACAGCCCACCUGGCAGUUCUCAGGGCUUACUCCCGGCUCUGUACUCAGGGUGAGCCUUAUGGAGUGCCAGGGAUCAGACCCAGGUGGACCACAUGCAAGGCAAAUGCUCUACCAGCUGUAAUAUCACUCCUACCCUGUCUUUUUCUUUUUGACUCAUAUGAGGUUUUUUGGUUACCUGAUUGCAACUUUCAUUUGUAAUUUCUCCCACUGUUCUGUUUUUUAAAAACUGUAUGGUGUCUGUUAUCAUGUCACCUUUCCAUUUUUAGAAAUGUGUGAACCUUGUUAUCAUUUCUUACUUUUUUGUCGUGGAUUUUUAAAACACUUAUUUAGGACAUUAUAAGAUAAUUGAUAUGUUUCCUGAGUGCUAAAUCCUCUUGUGAAGCCUGAACAAGAAUGUCUCAAUGAUUUCCAGCUUUUGUACAGCACAGGAAGCAACAAAAAAGUGAAAACUCAACCUAUAAAGUGGGAGAAAACACUUACAAACUAUCAGAUAAAGGUUAAAUAUACAAAUUACAUAAAGUAUUCUUACAGUUCAAUUGCAAAAAAGCAAUCUUAUGUUUUGUUGUUUUUGUUGUUGUUGUUGUUGUUGUUGGACCACACCUGGCAAUGUUCAGGGAUAACUCCUCCUCUGCACCCAGAAAUUACUCCUGGUGGGGAUCAGAGAACUAUGUGGGGUGCCAGGGAUCAAAGCCAGGUCUGUUGCAUAUGAGGCAACACCCUACCUGCUGUACUAGCACUCUAGCCCACAACCUAAAUUUUAAACAAGCAAAGCAAAGAUAGUAAGCAUUGGUGAGCAUGUAAACAAAAUGAAAUCCUUAUCACUAUUAGUGAAAUUUUAACUGGUGAAGCCCUACGAAAACAUAUAGGACCACCAUAUAGCCCAGAAUUUCCAUU